GACCGGCUGAACCGAAACCGUUCUGAGUUCUGAGUUCUGACUUUUGACCCAAAACGACGACGCCAAACCCUUGCCUCGCAUUCUCAUCUCCGAUUCGGAAACCGCAAUUCCUCUUUGUAUCAACAUCAUCUUCUGAACGCACAGAAAAUAGGAGAAGAUUUUAACGAAGAGAUUAGUUCUGGUCUGUGGAAUUCGAGCGAGAGAGAGAGAGCGCUCAAAAGUAGUGUGUGAAGUGAAAGAGCAAAGAGGUAUUUGAAUUCAUUUGAAGAAUGGAGGAAGAUGAAAUUGCAGGGUACGUGACAGCGUACCUGAAGAAGAAAGGGUUCACGCAAACGGAGAAGAUCUUCCAGGAAGAAUUCCAAACCAACAAGACCAAUUCUUCCCCUCUCGAACCAGACAUUGCCAAGCACAUUCUCUCUUUCUCUCAGUUGGAGAGUGGCCCUGCAAGAUUUCACGAUGGUUAUAGCAGACUAAGAUCAUGGACUCACUGUUCCCUAGAUUUGUACAAGCAUGAGUUGCUUCGUGUGCUUUAUCCAGUGUUUAUCCAUUGCUUUAUGGAUCUUGUUGCAAAAGGGCAUGUUCAGGAAGCUCGGCACUUCUUCAAUACCUUCCGUGAAGAUCAUGAAAUGAUGCACUUAAGGGACCUGCAAAAGUUGGAAGGUGUUCUUUCCCCCACUCAUCUGGAGGAAAUGGAAUUUGCCCAUUCGCUUAGGCAGAGUAAAUUCAACAUAAAAAUAUGUGAGUAUUCCUAUGAGCUUCUAUUGCAACAUCUACACAGUACACAAUCCACUACUAUACUUGGUAUUAUCAAUGAGCAUAUUAACUUCCAAGUUACUCCUGGACAACCUAGCUCAAUUGUUGAUGAUCCUGAGGCUGUCACCCUUAGUGGAAGCAGCCAAGAUGCAGCAAACCAGAUAAAUCAGAAAGAAAUACAUUGGGGGUUGCUUGAAGACUCUCUGGAAGAGCGACUGGAAAAGGCUAGCUCCUUGCUUUCGGAUUCUGAGAAGGGUGAAGGGGAAGCAAAAGAGGGGGAGACAGAGGAGAAUAAGAAACGACCAGUUGAAGGAGGAAAGCAAGGUGCCUCGAUCAAAAAGGUAAAGAAGGACAAGGGCGGAAGUGCAACAGGGAAAAACACCAAAGCUGAAGUUAAUACUGUAUCUGCAGCUCCACGAGUUAAACCAGAACUUCCCAUGCCCAUAAUCCCGAGUGAGGUGGAACAGUCAAUCCUUGAAGAUUUGAGGAACCGUGUACAACUUAGCAGUGUAGCACUGCCAUCAGUUAGCUUUUAUACUUUUCUAAAUACGCAUAAUGGUUUAAGCUGUUCAUCAAUAUCCCAUGAUGGAUCAUUGGUUGCUGGAGGAUUUUCUGAUUCAUCACUGAAGGUUUGGGAUAUGGCAAAGCUUGGAGAACAGACUGCCAGUUCUCUUUCACAGGAUGAGAAUGAUACAUCACAAAAUCCACAAAUGGGGCAAAGUGGUGGCGGGAAAAGGCAGUAUACAUUGUUUCAAGGUCAUUCAGGGCCAGUUUAUGCAGCCUCUUUUAGUCCAGUUGGAGAGUUUAUUCUUUCUUCCUCAGCAGACUCAACUAUUCGAUUAUGGAGCACGACUUACAAUGCAAAUCUUGUUUGUUACAAAGGUCACAAUUACCCUGUCUGGGAUGUUCAGUUUAGUCCUGUAGGGCAUUAUUUUGCCAGCUCUUCGCAUGACAGAACUGCUAGGAUUUGGUCCAUGGAAAGGAUACAGCCGUUAAGAAUAAUGGCAGGGCACUUGUCUGAUGUUGAUUGUGUGCAAUGGCAUGCCAACUGCAACUACAUUGCAACUGGUUCAAGUGACAAAACUGUUCGACUAUGGGAUGUUCAGAGUGGGGAGUGUGUCCGAGUUUUUGUUGGUCACAGGAGUAUGAUCUUGUCAUUGGCAAUGUCUCCUGAUGGACGGUAUAUGGCAUCUGGCGAUGAAGAUGGCACGAUCAUGAUGUGGGACCUCUCUAGUGGCCGCUGUCUCACACCCUUGAUUGGUCACACAUCAUGUGUCUGGUCACUUGCUUUCAGUUGUGAAGGUUCUGUUCUGGCAUCUGGAUCUGCUGAUUGCAGCGUAAAAUUAUGGGAUGUAAAUACGAGCACUAAGGUUUCCAGGGCUGAAGAAAAAAGUGGGAAUGCUAGCAGACUCAGAUCACUGAAAACAUUGCCCACCAAAUCUACUCCAGUUUAUGCUUUGCGGUUUUCUCGAAGGAAUCUUCUAUUUGCAGGUGGAGCUCUUGCAAAAAAUGGCUAAUGCAUUUCCCGAGUAGGUCUACAAAUAUCAGAUCAAAGUGGCAGACCGAAAAAACAAUGCUUACCAAUUACCAUAUUCCCCAUAAGUGCUAUGUAUUCAAUUUUUUGUUUUGUUUUUAACUAUUCCUGUAAAUUUAUUUGAACAUACUUUUUCCACUCUGCAUUAUGUAUCGUGAAUUAUUCUGAAUAGGAGAGUUACAAGUUUUUGUUA